GCGGCGGCCCGGCAGGCAGCGGUGGGGGGCGGCGGGGCAGCGCUGCACCCCCCGAUCCCGCCCCUCCGCGCCCCCAUCCCACCCCCCCGGGGCCGGGAGGCGGGCUGUGCCUGCCGAGCCCAGCCGUGCCGAGCCGAGCCCAGCCGUGCCGAGCCCAGCCGAGCCGGCGGGCGGGCGCUGAGGCUUGGCUGGCGGUGCAGGAGGCCGGGGCCAUGGCGCUGGACGGGAUCCGCAUGCCGGACGGCUGCUACGCCGACGGGACGUGGGAGCUGAGCGUCCAUGUCACCGACCUGAGCCGCGACGUCACCCUGAGGGUCACCGGCGAGAUCCACAUCGGCGGCGUCAUGCUGCGACUCGUCGAGAAACUCGAUGUCAAGAAGGACUGGUCGGAUCACGCGCUGUGGUGGGAAAAGAAGAAAACUUGGCUCCUUAAAACGCACUGGACGUUGGACAAAUACGGGAUACAGGCUGAUGCCAAGCUCCAGUUCACACCUCAGCACAAGCUGCUUCGCCUCCAGCUGCCCAACAUGAAGUAUGUCAAGGUGAAGGUCAACUUCUCGGACAGGGUCUUCAAGGCUGUUUCUGACAUCUGCAAAACGUUCAACAUCAGGCACCCAGAAGAGCUCUCCCUUUUGAGGAAACCCAGAGAUCCCUCCAAGAAAAAAAAGAAGAAGUUGGAUGAUCAAUGUGAAGAUGAUGCCUUCGAGCUGGAGGGGCCGCUGAUCACUCCGGGGUCUGGCACCGAUAUUCUUUACAUCGGCCCCGUCAAAGGAAACAUUUAUUCCAGCCCAGGACUCUACAGCAAAACGAUGACCCCCACCUAUGACGCUCACGAUGGCAGUCCCUUGUCACCCACCUCAGCCUGGUUUGGGGACAGUGCCCUGUCGGAGGGUAACCCAGGCAUCCUGGCAGUCAGCCAGCCCGUCACCUCCCCGGAGUCCUUAGCAAAAAUGUACAAGCCACAGGCCCUGCUCGAUAAAGCCAAAAUCAACCAAGGGUGGCUGGAUUCAUCCCGAUCUCUUAUGGAGCAGGAGGUGAAGGAAAACGAAGCUUUGCUGCUCCGGUUCAAGUACUACAGCUUUUUUGACCUGAAUCCAAAGUACGACGCCAUCAGGAUCAACCAGCUGUACGAGCAGUCCAAGUGGGCCAUUCUGCUGGAGGAGAUCGAGUGCACGGAGGAAGAAAUGAUGAUGUUUGCAGCCCUGCAGUACCACAUCAACAAGUUGUCCAUCAUGUCCUCGGAAAACCACCUGAACAACAGUGACAAGGACGUGGACGAGGUGGAUGCUGCCCUCUCAGAUCUGGAAAUCACUUUGGAGGGUGGCAAAACGUCGACCAUCCUGGGUGACAUCACUUCCAUCCCGGAGCUCGCCGACUACAUUAAAGUCUUCAAGCCCAAGAAGCUGACGUUGAAAGGCUACAAGCCCUACUGGUGCACCUUCAAAGAUACCUCUAUCUCCUGCUAUAAAAGCAAAGAGGAAUCCAACGGGACUCCUGCACACCAGAUGAACCUGAGAGGAUGUGAAGUUACCCCUGAUGUGAACAUCUCUGGUCAGAAGUUUAACAUCAAGCUUCUGAUUCCAGUGGCAGAGGGAAUGAAUGAGAUCUGGCUUCGCUGCGAUAACGAGACACAGUACGCCAGCUGGAUGGCCGCCUGCCGCCUGGCCUCCAAGGGCAAGACCAUGGCUGACAGCUCCUACGGCAUGGAGGUGCAGAACAUCCUCUCCUUCCUAAAAAUGCAGCAUUUGAACCCAGACCCACAGCUGAUCCCGGAACAAAUCACCACCGACAUUAACCCCGAGUGUCUGGUUUCUCCUCGUUACCUGAAAAAAUACAAGAACAAGCAGCCAGGCUAUGUAAGAGACUUGAUCACGGCGCGCAUCCUGGAGGCCCAUCAGAACGUGGCCCAGAUGAGUCUGAUCGAGGCCAAGAUGCGGUUCAUCCAGGCCUGGCAGUCGCUGCCCGAGUUCGGCAUCACGCACUUCAUCGCAAGGUUCCAGGGGGGCAAGAAGGAGGAGCUGAUCGGCAUCGCCUACAACCGGCUGAUCCGGAUGGACGCGAGCACGGGCGACGCCGUCAAGACCUGGAGGUUCAGCAACAUGAAGCAAUGGAACGUGAACUGGGAGAUCAAAAUGGUGACCGUGGAGUUCGCGGACGAUGUCCGGGUGUCCUUCAUCUGCACGGAGGUGGAUUGCAAGGUGGUUCACGAGUUCAUUGGUGGCUACAUCUUCCUGUCGACGCGGGCGAAAGACCAGAACGAGAGUUUAGACGAGGAGAUGUUCUACAAACUGACCAGCGGGUGGGUGUGAGGCCCACGCCCUGUGCUCCCAGAGGAAACCCCAUGGCCAUAUUAAUAUUUAACUUUAAAGAAAAGCUGUUAUUUGAAAUAUGCUGCUUAAUAAAGUGAGCUUGAAAUUUAUCUUUUUUUUUUUUUCCCUUUUUUUUUUUUUCCCCCCUUUGUUGUUUUUUUUUUAAUCCUGCCCAUUUCUGCAUUACCUGACCAGUUCAUCUGUGGGCACUAACGAGCACUUCUGCUGAGUUGCUAUCACAAGACCUGUCUGGGCUGGGUGAUCCCACCACUGCCCUUCAGAUCCUGAUCAAGAAACAAUUUGACCCACUUCAAAAGAGCCAAUUUUCUAAGAGAACUCUAAGCCAUCUUCUUGUAAAGCCAUCCAGGGCUGAACCUUAUAUGAAGUUUAUUUGUCAUGUUUCAUGCAUGAGUGUUUUAUUUCCUUUUUUUUUGUUUGUUUUGGUGUUGUUUUUUUUUUUUUUCUUUAUUCUGUACAUUUGACCUGGCUGGACAUUGUCCUCCCCCCCCACCUUGAGUAGAUUUUCCAUCUCUCCUUUUCACACUACAAGCACCAGGACUGCUACAGGUGCCUGACAAUGACUCUGAAAAUACUGAAGUGUGGCCUCAGAGAUGAGCUUCUGUUAGUCUGUUAUAGCUCUGUUUUUAUUUGAUAACUUGCCUUUUGAUAAUCAUUUAUAUUGUCUUUUCUUUUUGUAAUUUUAUUUUUACACCAUGUUGUAUUAUGACACUUUUUAGUAUUCACCAGCAUAGUCACUGUUCUGCCUAUGAUAUGCAAACUUUUUUCAUUACAAUAUGAAGUAAAGGUCUAUGAAGUAGAGGUUUUUGUGUAACUAAUGUAAAAAAAAAAAACAAAACCAAAAACAACCCACAAAUUUUAUAAAAUUGUACAGUUGUUUUUUUGUUGUUUGUUUUGUUUUGUUUUGAACUAGUCUCACAAGGAUGUUGCUUAGGGCUGGUGUGUCAGCAUUAACUCUAGUGUGCCUGGAAGGGGGAAGGGAAAUAACCUUAGAAACACAAAACAAUCCCCCAAGAAACCCCUUAAUUUCAGUCCAGUACUUUUUUUUUAAAUCUAAGUUAAACAGGAUUUCAGAGCUGUGCUUCAACACCCUGGGGAGCUGCUCCCUGGGGCCAGGACCUCCAGGGUGGUUAAUGCUCCUGAGGAUCCAUCUCCUGCCCCACCUAAUCCCAAGGAAUGAGCAGUUUGUUGCAUUCCUGCAGCCUGUGGUUUCAAGACUAUGUACAAAUGCAUUUUAUUUUAAAUAAAAGUCAGAUCUUUUAUUUAAUGUUC